UGAUUCUAGGGUUUCUGCCCGAAAACUCUCCGUGUCUGGGACCAACUGCUUCAUUGAUUUUCAUCUCUUUCAUCCAAAUCAACAAUGGGCAAAAAGAAAGCAAAGGAUCCGCAACAAACCCCUCAAAGCGACUCCGUUUCAUCCCCUUCCGGUAUUUUCAACGCGCUCUUUGGCAACGGGCCGGAACAGACCACCGCCACCGCUGCUGCCGCUUCUCUGUUUUCCGAUUUCAACCCCUUUCGUAGAAAGCCUCAACAACAUGCUUCGGUUUCUUACCCAACCAUUCCCUCUCAAAGCCCUAACAAUGGCGGCUCCGGGAGCCACGAUUCCGGCGAAGAUAAAAAGAGGAAGAGGAAGAAGAACAAGGAGGAAAGACCCAUUCUUGAUUCGGAUUCCGUAACUGAAGCUUCGGAGAAGAAGAGGAAACGCGGUUCCGAUGAAAGGGGAGGGGAAGGGAAAGAUCCUAAUUUGGGUACGCAAACAAAAAAGGGCAAGGUUGUAAUCGAAGGUGAGGAGGGAAAGAUGAAGAAGAAGAGGAAAAGGGAAGAGCUUGAGAAAGAGUGGGAGGAGAAGAAGUAUGGUGUGGUGGUGGAAGGAGAGGAAGAUGAAAAGGAAAGGUUUGGGAAUAAAACUGUUGGGAGCAAGCGGAAGAUGAUAGAUAACCCAGCUGAUAUGUUGGUUUUAAAGGAAGGUUUUGAUGACGAGGAUAAGCUUUUGAGGACUAUUUUUGUUGGGAAUUUGCCUCUCAAGUUGAAAAAGAAGACUUUGUUGAAGGAGUUUAAGAAAUUUGGUGAGGUUGAGUCAGUGAGGAUUCGUUCUGUUCCAAUACAAGAUACCAAAAAACCUAGGAAGGGAGCCAUCCUUUCGAAGAAAAUAAAUGAUUCCGCUGAUAGUGUUCACGCAUACAUUGUUUUCAAGACAGAGGAAUCUGCUCAGGCUUCUUUGUCCCACAACAUGACUGUGGUUGAAGGAAAUCACAUUCGUGUUGAUAGGGCAUGCCCACCCCGCAAGAAACAUAAAGGGGAGAUUGCUUCGCUUUAUGAUAACAAGAGAACUGUUUUUGUGGGCAACCUCCCAUUUGAUGUUAAGGAUGAAGAACUAUAUCAGUUAUUUUGUGGUAUAUCCAACCUGGAAUCAAGUAUAGAAGCUGUUAGAGUCAUUAGAGAUCCUCAUCUUAAUGUUGGAAAGGGUAUUGCCUACGUGCUGUUUAAAACAAGGGAAGCUGCUAAUUUUGUUGUUAAGAAACGGAGCUUGAAGCUUCGAGACCGAGAGUUGAGAAUCUGUCAUGCCAAAGCGGAUGCCACCCCAUCUAAAAAGCCAAACCCAUCACCAGCUCCUACCACCCCAUCUAAAAGGCCAAACCCAUCACCAGCUCCUAGUACCCCUGCAAAGAAGUUGGCUGUGGCUUCACGAUCUCCUUCAAACAGUAAUAACAGGUCAAACAAAAAAACUAAUGCAUCUUAUCAGGGUCUGCGUGCAACCAAAUCUGUUAUCAACAAGAAAGUUCAUGGAAGAGAAAAACCGAAAGAGCGCAUGAUGAAAAGGCCAGCAGUAGCUGCGAAAAAGGCUAAAGCAAAUUUGUUCAAGGAUGGUGGUACACCAAAACAAGCAGGGGUAAAACGCAAGCUUGAUAGUCGUACUCCAGAUAGCUCCCUACGAAAUAAGAAGGCCAAGAAGAAUAACAGAUAGCGUGUUCCUAAUGGUAUCAGGGAUUAGAUUAUCUCUGGUAAGCAUUGACUAUCUCUAAUAGCUGAUGAGCGAAUAUGUAUGCACCUGAAGAAAAGAAUUUACCGUUACUGAUAUGAUCUUAGGCAGUGGGAGAUUUCACCGACAGUGUUCUCAGUUAAUGACCAGUGGUGGCGAAGGCUGUAGAGUUAAGAAAUCAGGAGAUAGAGGAAUGCAAAUUAACUCUGAUCUUUUUAAUUUUUUACAUCAUGGUCUCACUUCAUAUGAUUUUAAAUUUGAUAUGUAAUAAUAGAAUAUAGGAUGCUUUUAUUGGGAGGUUAUUUGUAUGUUCCAUUAUAAGGCAUUGUUAAGGUUGGUGGCAUGUCUGCCUUGGAAUCAAGCAUCUAUUAUUUCUCCAAAACUUUUGGAUUUUAAAAAAGGUUUAUAGUAUAACUGCUGUU